GAGUCCGCAUACUGUUAUUCACUAUGGGAAGUAUCGGCGAAACUUCGGUGCUUGAAAUCCAGUCUCCUCAUGACCUCAUCAAAGGUUCCUGGUGCCAGAUCCUCAGUUUAGACGAUGAAGAUGUUGAACCGGACUCCAACUUCUUUGCACUAGGUGGGGACUCUAUAGAUGCUUUAAAAGUAGCGCGGCUGGUACAGCAAGCUGGAAUAGCCCUGAACGUGAAUCUCAUGCUUCGUCAUCCCCAAUUCUCGGAGAUGGUUAGAGCUGUUUUAGAGCAAUCACUUCUAGAAGUGAAACAAAUCGAACGCUCCGAUGACGCAGUACCUACCCGAUUCAUUCAAAUCCCUGAAUCCUCGCAGCACGAGGUUCUCUCCUCAGCGGUGCAACAAUGUCACAUUUCUGAGUCAGAGAUAGUGCGCCUAUUUCCCUGUACGCCGAUGCAGAUGGGCCUCGUAGUCCUUACAGCCCAGCAACAUGACCUAUAUUGGGCCCAACAAAGCUUUAAAUUGCCGAGCGACUGGCCAGUUACCCAAGUAGAGGCUGCGUGGAAAAGGGUGGUCGAGGCAAACGAAGCACUUCGCAGCCGGAUUAUACAGAUGUCUGAUGGAACCUGCUAUCAAGUGGUGCUUCACUCAGAAAAUGGCACAAUGAAUAAAGAGGUCAAAGACGGUAGUAGCAACCCCCCGUUUGGACAACCUCUGUUCUAUUGUUGGAUAGAACCAGGGCGACUCCAAUGGCGUGUCCACCAUGCUGUUUACGAUGCUUGGUCGCAGCGGUUGAUCUUUAACGCGUUGGUAGAUGCCUACCAAGAUCCAACCAAUCCAGAAGUUAUUCACCCUCCCUUCUCAUCUUUUGCUGGACAUCUGGCGCAGAUGGAUUUGAGUCAGUCUAUGGGCUUUUGGUGCCAGCAUUUGCACGGAUAUGAGGGACAGGCAUUUCCUCGGGCGCUGACAACAGACGAACCGCGAGAUCAGGCCCAUGUUUCGAUGAACUUUGAAUGGAGCCAGAGUCAGCAUCAUCUCGGGUUCACCGCCGCAACGGCUAUACAGACAGCAUGGGGUAUUGUUCUCGCGCGCUACAAUGAAGUUUCCGACGUUGUUUUCGGGGUGGUAAGCAUGGGAAGAAGCGUCGCAAUUGAGGGUGAAGAUGUCGCCCGUAUAAUUGGCCCAAUGAUUGCUACUAUCCCCUUACGUUUGCAACUGAACGAAGCCACCACUGCAAAAGAGUCUUUAUCAGCUACACAGUCGCAAUAUGGGGAUUGCCUACCUCACGAACAUCUUGGCUUGGCGCACAUUUCCUCCUUGGGAGAUUCCGGGCCAGCCCAAGCCUCCCGCUUUCAAAGUCUCUUGGUGAUACAGCCUGACGAAGUUGAUGACAGCCCUAUCCAUGAGAUAUUGGCUGAACGUCGAGAUGAUUACAUGGAAUAUCCUCUAUCACUCGAAUGUUUCCUCGGAUCAAAUUCUAUUCGCCAUGUAAUAACCUACAGCAAAGCCAUCAUGGGGCAAUGGGAAGCAGAAAGACUCCUCGAAAAAUUCAUUCAUGUGCUGAAUUGGAUCCUCCAGCCAUCAAAUCAAACAUCGCUUGUGUCACAAUUAAACAUGUGGACCGCAACCGAUACUAAGAUCAUGCAGCAGUGGCAUUCUACCCCUAUUGACUUGAUCGAGGAAUGCAUUCACACUUUGAUUGAGCAGCGUUCAGUCAUGGGUAAGUGGGAAGAUAGUCCUGCUGUUUGUGGAUGGGAUGGUGAAUUUUCAUACAGUCAAUUGCUUUUAGUGUCGAAGCAGUUGGCUCAACGUCUCCGUGCUGCCGGUGUGGGUCCAGAGAUUCUGGUGCCCAUAGCUCACGAGAAGUCUUGCUGGACUCUGAUCAGCAUACUCGGAGUUCUCCAGGCGGGAGGUGCAUUUGUUCUGUUGGAUAGUGGACUACCGGUGGCUCGCAUGCAGACUAUGAUUUCUGUGGUAGAAGCUCCUCUAAUUAUCUGCUCUGAAGCUCUUCAAGCCAAAGUGUCUGGUCUGGCCAAUCAAAUAUUGUGCCUAGAUUCUCUGAUGCAGAAAGAGCUGCUACAGGAGCAGUCCACGAACCAUAGAGAUGCCUCAUUCUCCUCUGGUGUUGCGGUGGAUAAUGCAGCCUAUGCCGUUUUCACAUCUGGCACCACGGGAGUUCCAAAGGCUGUGGUAGCAGAACACCGCCAAGUUGCUACUGCAUUCCAUGCACAGGCCAUGCAGGGUAUGUUCCAGCGUAAUCGUCGUAUGCUGCAAGUUGCGACAUACAGUUUCGAUCCAUCAAUUGCGGACAUGUUGGGACCAUUGUUCGUCGGAGGAGUAGUAUGUAUUCCACGGGAAGAAGAGGUUCUCACUGCACUAGCAGGCGUUAUCUCUCGGUUCCAGGUGGAUGUGAUUGAUAUUACUCCAUCAGUGGCUAACAUCUUGGACCCACUCGAGGUGCCGAAUUUGAAGGAGUUGCGACUGGGGGGAGAGGCUGUAACUGCGGCGCAGCUGAAGCGAUGGACCAAAAUACCUCACUUUCAAUUCCACAAUAGUUAUGGUCCCAGCGAAUGUUGUGUCACUGCGGCACUAACUCCACCGCUACAUUCUUCAGUGAAUCCCUUGAAUUUUGGUUCUCCUGUCGGUUGUCGUAUGAUGAUUGUGCAUCCUGAUAAUUGCAGUCAGUUGGUGGCACUGGGGCUUGUAGGAGAACUCGCGAUUCAAGGCCCUAUCGUCACUAGAGGGUAUCUGAAUAAUGCAGAUUCCCAGAAAAGAGCAUUUGUUGAGAUAUCUCCUUAUGAAACUUUUUCAGAAGAUAUGCCGCCAUGGGCGUCAAGAAUUUAUUUGACUGGAGAUCUGGCUCGGUUUGCGCCAGACGGCUCUGUGAUUUUUGUUGGUCGCAAGGAUCAUCAGGUCAAAUUGAAUGGACAGCGCAUUGAGCUUGGAGAAAUUGAAGCUACUGCCACAAAAAUCGAAGGGUUGGAGGAGGCUGUUGUGAUGAUAAUUAAGAGCAAUAGUCGUGCAGAGCUAGUCCUAGUUGCUCAGUGGAAGAAAGAUUUAAUAUCACAGUCAGAAGGUAUACAAGAUGGCAAAAUCAGCCGCAUUAACAGCUUGCAAGAGAUGAAGAUACUAAAUCUCCCUGAUGUAUCUGCCGUCAUCCUGAGGCAACUUUCUGUAAUGCUACCUCCAUUCAUGGUACCGGCCGUAUGUCUUUUGACAGACUGUCUCCCUUUAUCACUGACUGGUAAGACAGAUCGCAAGGGACUUCAACAUUGGAUAGAACAACAAGACCUCUCGCCAUGGCGAAAAAGUAUCGCAACAGCUACAAUUCCAGCUUCUGACACUGUAGCCCGACAACUUAGCGAGCUACUGGAACCUCUCCUGCCGGAUGGGUCUAUUGAAGACCCCCAAAAUCCUCCUGAUUUCGCUCCGGUAUCAGCAGGACUAGACUCAAUUCGCAUGGUCUCGUUUGUCCGCGCGAUCAACCGAACCUUUGGCAUUCUCUUACCACUAAGUCGAAUUCCUCGCACCAUGCUGCUUACUGAGUUGGCCAUCACGGUGAAAGAAUUGCAGUUCCGGAAAGAUACAAACAAAGAAGAAAUGAUGGAGAUUGAAGAUAUUGAACCAAUGCUCCGUGACCUUCAGAGAGGAGUAUCAUGCCAUUUUGCGUCUGGCCCCACGCCUUCCUCCGCUAUACAAAAUGUCUUUUUGACAGGUGCGACCGGAUAUGUCGGAACUGCAAUUCUCCAAAGACUUCUGUAUACUUCUUCUCUUCAAAGAGCCUACCUUCUUGUUCGCGCAGACGAUGCAGCCACUGGACUCGAGCGUGUGCGCGCUGCGGCCAUCAAAGCCGGUUGGUGGGACGAGACGCUACAUUCUUCCAAAAUUAAAGUAUGGGUAGGAGAUCUCUCCAAACCAAAACUUGGCCUCAAUAGCUCCCAAUGGGAACAGCUGAGAGGAUGUAACACACCCACUAAUGACUCUCAAAUUACUGGAAUCAUUCACAAUGGUGCUCUCGUACACUGGCAGUACAGCUACUCUGAGCUCCGAGCAGCCAACGUAGAUUCUACUACACAAUUAGUCUCAAUAGUGACACAGAAUCCGCACAUAGCCCGCUUGGAGUAUAUAUCUGGAGGCGCGCAAUGGGAUCCAUCCGAAGAAGAUAGCGUAUUUUCCACAUCCACACUCCAGCAAAAGCUGCACGAGACAAAUGGUUACGGACAAUCAAAACUGAUCGCCGAGCAGGUCGUGGCAGCGACGGCAGCACUUCAAAAACCAGAAGAAAUCUCAGGGAGUCGACUGGGCAUCCUGAAUCCGGCUUUAAUUAUCGGUGGCCCAAGUCACGGUCAUGCAGCUAACCUCGAUGACCUGAUCUGGAGACUCAUCAGCGCAUGUGUGCUUGUGGGCGAGUACUACCCCGAGCCCGAGGAGUGGAUUUAUAUUUCUAGGGCGGAGGACGUUGCUCAGAUGACUGUAGAUGCCUUGAUUAACCCCACGGUGACCAGGAAGCAGAGAAAGAUGCUGAAUGGGAUCCGGGUAAGGAUUUUUUGGGAGGCGGUCAAUGCUGCUCUUGAUACACCUUUGCAAGCCAGCCAGUCGUAUUCUGUCUGGCUUGGUAAGCUAAAUGAAUCUCUAUCUGAAUUUGGUGACGAGCAUCCAUGUUGGCCUGUUAUAAAUGUCAUUGAGACGAUGGGACCGGGACUUCUUAGUAGUCCGACUCCCGCAUGGACGGAGGCAAAUGAUUGGGAAGAGAUGGAGCGGGUCAUGGCUCACGCCGUUGCACUAAAUGUGAAAUACUUGCAGGAUCUCGGAUAUCUUGGGAGGACUUGGUCUGGUAAAGACUUCCCUGGGGGCUUUAGGAGGAGAGGUUGAGACCUUUGUGGAUAUUCGGGGGGAGGCAGGGUUUGUGUCCCACUUUUAUUCAAAGGAAUCUUGGCAUUUUCUUAGUCAAAUUUCGUUUGAUCGGUGACUCUUCAUAUGAAGUUUGUUUAUUGCAGAUUGAUUUUGUCUUGACUUUGUUAGACUUUGACCACAAUUCAAUAUACCAGUCUCAUUCA